GAUGACGCCACGGCCUCUGCAGCUCCACGCGCCGCCGCUCCGCUCGAGAGGAACCGACUCUCCGGGAAAUAAACAACAAAAAUAACCAUAAAUACAAUAUAAAUAUAACAAAUAAACCGGCGAAUCGGGAACCAUGGCAACAACGUUCGAGCAGAUGAGAGCGAAUGUAGGGAAACUCCUGAGAGGAAUCGACAGGUAUAACCCAGAGAACCUGUCGACGCUGGAAAGAUACGUGGACACACAGGCCAGAGAGAACGCUUACGACCUGGAGGCCAACCUGGCCGUGCUCAAACUGUACCAGUUCAACCCGGCGUAUUUCCAGACCACAGUGACUGCUCAGAUUCUGCUGAAAGCUCUGACGAAUCUCCCACACACAGACUUCACUCUCUGCAAGUGCAUGAUCGACCAGACCCACCAGCAGGAGGAGCGGCCGAUCCGACAGAUCCUGUACCUCGGAAACCUGCUGGAGACCUGCCACUUCCAGAGCUUCUGGGCCAGUCUAGAAGAGAACAGGGAUCUGAUUGAUGGGAUCACAGGAUUUGAGGAGUCUGUGCGCAAAUUCAUCUGUCAUGUUGUGGGAAUCACGUAUCAGAACAUCGAGUACCGUCUGCUGGCCGAGAUGCUGGGAGAUCCUCUGGACACACAGGUGAAGGUGUGGAUGAAUAAAUACGGCUGGACGGAGAACGAGGAGGGUCAGAUCUUCAUCCAUAACCAGGAGGAGAGCGUCAAGCCCAAGAACAUCGUGGAGAAGAUCGACUUCGAGAGUGUGUCCAGCAUCAUGGCUACAUCACAGUGACCACACACAAACAGUCUACACACACACACACACACACACACACACACACUCUACAAUAAACUCAUUUCACAUUAGAAA